AUGUCCCGUCAACACAAGAAGGGAAGCUCGGCGGUGGUGUAUGACGUACCUGUGAACCUGCUUCUCGCUCGCGACAUGAAGCUAGUCUCGGAGACGGCACUCUCAGAAACCUACGCGGCGGGGAAAAUUUUGCGCGGAGAGGAGGCCGCCGCCAACUCGUUGACGACGACCAUGUCAAUUGUAUCCCGACUAAGCUGGUCGACAACUGUUUGUGGGAGAAAAGUGUACGUACACGACAUCUGCGAGCUCUUUUGGGACACUGCAAGCGGCGGAGUAGUUGCAACUGUUAGAGGGUUUCGGCCAGUAGCGGAGGUGUUAAAUGUGGGGCAGGCGGAGAUGCGAGGAAGACUUGUGCGAGUCUGGGAAGACUGUACUGCUGGAGCGGAAACGCAGGGUUCGUGGUCCAAACGGCGAGGUUCCGAGGAGGACUCGACGCAGAAGUACAAGGUGACCCACGCGCCUUGGUGCAAGGAAGGAACCUCUGAAGACCCAAUGUUCGUCGUGAGGAGGGAAGGCUUCCAUCUCAACAACGACAACCUCGUUUUUUUUUCGGCCCCUGUCGCUUGCUACAACGACGCCUUCAACUGCUUUGGCAUGGGAAACAAGGUGUUUGUGCGGGGGGGUCUGCUCCUGUGGGUCGGGGACGGGCCGGGUCGGGCUAAAGUGCUCGGCUCCAAAGCAUGCAACAACUUCUCGGGGUUCCCGUGUCCGUACUGCAUGGUUGAGCAACGCGACAACAUUUCCGGGGGGGACCUGGGAGAUGCCCAGUACGGAGUCGAAGCAAAUCGACGUAUCUGGGACCAGAUCACGGCCGGGUUCGAUACGCUUAAGUCCCUCGCAGACAACCCCGUCGAGCAGUCUCGACAAUCGAUGGUACUGGGGCUUGUCAAAGACUCCAACGGCCCCUCCCCGCCCAUGUACGACUCAAUGCUCACCGCCCCCACCGCGGUUGUCCCUGUGGAGCGGCUGCACUUCGAUGCCCUGGGGUCCUGCCAGCUGUGCCAAGUUUCCUGCCUCGAAAUGUUAACUCAGGGUCGACGGCUGGUCUCGGUGGUCGUGGUUCAGAACCCUUCUCUGCUAUACCCAGCUGGCACGGAGCGUCUCAAGGAUAUCGUGUCCAACUACUCGUCUCUCACUGGGAGCAACUAGUGGACACUGCAGUCCAUCAUGCUACUCGUCUUCCGACCGAUUCUUGCAAACGUCGGAGCCAUGGUGAGGUUUUUCACAUUAGCGCCCGGAGGGGGGAGGAGACCUCUGGUUUGUGUUGAUCGUACCGUAUGAAUAGGAGAGUACGUAUACGACAUGAUGGUUGCUGAUGGUCCGUCUUACGAAAAAGAUACAGAUAAAUGUACAUGGCUGGGCUGGACGAAAUAGGAGGAAGGUACAGAGACAUGUUUGAGGCAUGGAAUUUAGCACGAGAGGCGGUAGCUAUCCUGGGGCACAGGAAUGGGGCUGACAAGGCGGGAAGUAAUGUUGAUGGGAUUGUGAACCACAUUCGGCAAGUAAGC